AUCCUAUUAUCGCUAAUAUAUAUUAGAAGGCGACUAUAACUUGGACUAAUCGUAUUGCAUAUUUGUGUUAAUUGAUGCCUGAAAGAAGCAUAUGAUAAUUACGUUGUCGACGAUUAUUGAUCAUAAUUGCAGAGUAUAUAUUUGAUGCUACAUGGUUGUCAUAGCAACGACGCGAUGAAAUAUUUUGACGUGCACUUUCGAUAAUUAUCGUGCUAAACGUGAUGUCGGAUUGCCGUACAUUACAAAUCACUCGAGCAGAACAAUAAUCCAAGAAUGAGUACAAUUUUUGGCGGUGGCGACGCUAAUGAAAAUAUUAUUUUUGACAUAUCCAAAAAUGAGAGAAAAUUAAAUGAAGAGUUUAAAAUACUUCAGCGAAAACUGAAAACAAAGUGGAAGUUUAUCGAGAACAAUGAAGUAAUAUCGCAAGAAUUAUUGGCGAACGCCAAGAUCCUAGUAUUGCCAGGACCACUAAGCAAAUUUACGGAGCUCGAAAUGAAUUCCAUUAGAACUUUCUUAAAUUCUGGUGGCAAUGUUCUUGUCACACUUGGAGAAGGUGGUGAAAAUAAAUCCAAUACGAACAUUAAUUUUUUGCUAGAAGAAUUUGGUAUAAUGGUAAACAAUGAUAGCGUAGCUCGCAUGAGUUAUAGCCAAACAAUGCAUCCCAAAGAAUCUUUAAUCUCUCAAGGUUUAUCAAACAAAUCUAUCUUUCUGAAGAAUCACGAUGAAUACAUUGGUAUGAAAUUUUUGUAUCCUUAUGGUGCAACGUUAAACGUAGUGCAACCAUCUGUUGUCGCUUUAUCCAGUGGCUCAAUCGCUAUUCCAAUGAACAGGCCAAUUUGUGCGUAUCAUUGUGUAAAAAGCAGUAAUGGCAAGCUCGUUGUAUUAGGUUCAUCUAGAAUGUUGACAGAUACUUAUAUAGAAAAGGAGAGCAAUGAUGCAUUACGGGAAAUGAUUUUUGACUUUUUUGAAUUAAAUGUCACAGAAACGGUGGAUCUUCAUAUGGAUGAUGUAGAAUUUUGGGAGUACAACUUUGUACCAGAUAUAACACAACAGGCUGACAAUCCGAAAGUUUGCACACAAGAUUUAGAUAAUAUUGACAUACCUCGCGAAUACACUAAAUUGUUUAAACAUCAUUUUUAUUCUAUAAAUUUAAACAUGGUACCGGCAUGCAUAAAAGCAUAUGAGGCUUUAGGAGUAAAACACGAACCACUCACUUUGAUUCCACCUCAUUUUGAAGCACCUUUACCUCCCACGCAAGCGUCGGUAUUUCCUCCGAGCUUCCAAGAGUUACCUCCACCUGCUUUGGAGCUGUUUGAUCUAGAUGAGGCUUUCAGUUCUGAUUUAUUAAAAUUAUCACAGCUUACUAAUAAAUAUAUGGCAACGAAGGAGCUAUCAAAUGACAAGGAAUUAGAUCACUAUAUCAUGGAAUUUGGAAGUAUAAUAAGGAUAAACAAUUCCGACAUACACUCUGCUAAACAAGUAUUGAAUUCUGUUUUUCAAAAAAUCUGUAGUUAUAAAGCAAUGCAUGAUUGAAAUUUUUGUAUAAAAAAAAAGUAAUUUUUGUAUAGAAAAAAAAAUGUAAUUUAUUGCAAAUAGUUGAUUUUAU